AUGCAAAGACGUCUGCAGUGGACAAUAGUGACAGUGGAUGUUUUGAGCUGUUCAAAGGCUUUCGAACUCGACAGCAGCAAAGACAUGAUUAGUGCCACUACCAGCGUACGCUCGACCGCGUUUACCCUUGCCUUCACAAACUUGAUGUUCAAUGGGUUGGUACCUAUUGACGAUGUGGUCUCAGUUUCCAAAUGUUCCAUGUAUUGUCUGCAAGAUAUGGGAUGUUUGGCUAUAUUCUACAACAACAUGGAGAAGAAGUGCUACUUGGCCCCGAAACAGUAUCAAAGUGGAGCGGCCGGUUUGUCCUUAAAGCAAGGAACCAUGGUCUACCACAGGAAUCCAGAUUUCUGCCCAAUCUUGUACGGCUACCAAUGGUCGAGUGACGGGUCUACAUGCUACAGAUACGGAGAUCAUUUGACCUGGAAUGAAGCUAGUGCCGCGUGCCAGGAACAAGGCGGACGUUUGAUGCAAGUCGAGACAGCUCAUAAAAACAGCGUCAUAGUAGAGAUCAUCGAGGACAAUAACGCUGGUGGCAUGCUGUUUGUCUUCUUCGGGAUGGUUGACUAUGAGAGCGAGGGCACUCCUCGAUGGGCUGACGGUAGUCAAAUCUCGGGAUAUGAAAACUGGGCUCCCGGUUCACAGGACAGUGCUCAGGAAGAGUGUGGCAUUUACCAUAGGAAGAACCCGUCACAGGAGUUACAGUGGGAAGACCAGUACUGUGCAGCUAACUACGACUACAUCUGUGAGGUUGUACUGGAUUAGGGGAGAAGGGACAUGAAGCACCGAGUCUUGUACCAUA